AAGCGCAUUGCAUCCCUUACGAUGCGAGGGAUGCUUGGCCACCGCCUUCCAUCCAGCCGUGCUGCCAACGCUUCGCUUUCCUCCCAGUCCUCCCACCCCUCAGCAUCCCGACCGCGUUACCCACCCCACAGUCUCCAAUGCUGCAUGAAGGAUUUCCCUCUCUCCCCGCGGGAUACGCAACGAUAUUCAACACGCAUCGCGCUCACAAAAAUGGACUGCGACGCUCGUUGUAAAUUAAAGCGCUGAUAACAUUUUAUUCAGUCUUCAAAUAUGAAUCAUGCGUCUGAUAUUCCAUCUGUGUCUGCUUGCUAGCAUAUUUAUUUCCUUGCUGUCUUCUGUUGCCUCAACGGUUUCCGGCUCCUUGCAGUAUGGAGAACUCAGGGAUCGGCCCGUGCCUGCCACACCGCGAGCCACAGCAGCGGCGCCGGGCAACACCACGACAGGAAAAACGCGAGCGCGCGACAUUACCAUCACUUAUCCCUCGCGGCUCAUAUAUUACCUGAACGAAGACUCGGAGAGCGCGUAUCAUGACCUGGACACUCGCGCGCGGAAUCAGGCCGGUGAUGGACAGGAUGUCCACCUGGCCCAAGCAAGUUUCCAGCUGGAAGCCUUUGGCUCCACAUUUACACUGGACCUUACUCUGAACAAUGAUCUGUUAUCUUCGGACUAUAUGGAGAUCCACUAUGAGAAAGACAAGCCAGUUCUCUCCAGGGGCGGCGAACACUGCUAUUACCACGGCCAGGUGAGAGGACAACAGGACUCCCGCGUGGCUCUGUCCACCUGCAACGGGCUGCAUGGGAUGUUUGAUGAUGGUAAAUUCGUCUAUCUCAUCGAGCCUUUAAAACCGAUUCACACCGUGGAAACUGAAGCACGACCCCACACUUUGCGACAAACAUCAUCGCUGCGUAUGACUUCUGCCCCUGCUAGUUGGGAUGAGGAAAACGAAGAGAAACAGAUUUUCGCUAGUAUGCCUUGGUUGAAAAGGAGGAGGAAAAGAGCUGUGCCACGGAACAUUUUUGAGGAAAUGAAAUACCUGGAAGUAAUGAUUGUCGCUGACCACAACACGUUUAAAAGGCAUAAGAAUAAGAAGCAUACCCGCAACUCGGCCAAAUCAGUCGUCAACCUGGUAGACGCUAUUUUUAAAGAACAGCUGAAUACUCGUGUGGUAUUGGUCGCCGUGGAGAUUUGGACAGACAGGGACCGGAUUCCACUGAGCGUGAAGCCGCUGGAAAUGUUACGAGAUUUUUCAAAAUAUCGUCAGCAAAACAUCAACAUCAAGGCUGAUGCUGUGCACCUGUUUACGAAUGUGACAUUUCAUUACGGUCGGAGCAGCGUCGCAUACAUCGGCGGCGUGUGUUCCAAAGGAAGAGGAGUUGGGGUCAAUGAGUUUGGCAGCACAUGGACGAUGGCUGCCUCACUCUCUCAAAGCUUAGCACAGAAUCUAGGUAUCCAAUGGGAUCCUGUUAUCAGGAAGAAGGAAUGCGGCUGCAUGGAUUCAUGGGUGGGAUGUAUAAUGGAAGACACUGGAGUGCAACACCCACGCAGGUUUUCCAAAUGCAGCAUCACUGACUACAGGAACUUCCUUCUGAGAGGCGGUGCAUCAUGUCUGUUUAACAAACCCAACAAGCUCUUCGAGGCUACAGAAUGUGGUAAUGGUUAUGUGGAGGUCGGAGAGGAGUGUGACUGUGGGGCUCGAAUGGAUUGCUAUAAAGACUGCUGUAAAAAGUGUUCUUUGUCUAAUGGUGCUCACUGCAGUGAUGGCCCCUGCUGCAACGCCACCUGCCUGUUUGUCCCUCGGGGAUACAGCUGUCGAGACGCAGUGAAUGAUUGUGACAUAUCAGAGACCUGUUCCGGAGACUCAGGACAGUGCCCCCCUAAUCUUCAUAAACAAGAUGGCUACUCAUGUCAACUCAAUCAGGGUCGCUGUUACAGUGGUGAAUGUAAGACCCGGGACGGUCAGUGCAAAUACGUCUGGGGUUCAAAGGCUGAAGGCUCAGAGAAACACUGUUAUGAGAAGUUAAACACAGAGGGGAACGAAAAAGGGAAUUGUGGGAAAGAUGGAGACAAAUGGGUCCCAUGCAGCAAGCACGAUGUGUUUUGUGGGUACCUACUGUGUGCAAACAUUGGGAGAAGCCCAAGGAUUGGAAACCUGAAAGGUGACAUCACUCCAACCACCUUCAACCAUCAGGGGAGACUAGUGGACUGCAGUGGAGGACACGUGCUGUUAGAUGAUGAUACUGAUUUAGGGUUUGUGGAAGACGGGUCUCCAUGUGGGCCCUCUAUGAUGUGCCUUGAGCGGAAAUGUCUACCUAUCUCUUCCCUGAACCUCACAGCUUGCCCGUCUGGCCCGGGAGGCCAAGUCUGCUCCUCUCACGGCGUGUGCAAUAAUGAAGCAACCUGCACCUGCGAUGCUACCUGGGCGGGAACCGACUGCAGUAUGCACGACCCCCCAAAAGUGCCACCUGUCAUCGAGGACCCGGGCCCCAAGGGUCCUAGCGCCACCAACCUUAUCAUAGGCUCCAUCGCAGGGGCCAUCCUGAUGGCAGCCAUAGUGCUGGGGGGUACGGGAUGGGGAUUUAAGGUGAGAGUUUGAGCGGAGAGGGGUGGAGGUUGUGACGUAGGCAGCCUUUGUGCCAUGGCUGGCUGCCACGCCCUCUUAUCUCCCGGAAGGCCGCCCUGGGCCCCCCUGAAAACCUAGAACUGAGCAAGAGCCCUCACCCCCCACCCGGACUCGCCCGGCACCGCUGCCUUUACUGCCUGCUUCACAGAGACCCGGUACAGAUACAUGCGCUCCACUGCACCUGCAUGCUACCCCAAACACCCUCCUACACAGCGAUAGUGGCGUCUCCCAUCUAACCUCUCUAUGGACAGGUGCAUGUUAAAAUGCUGGGAUGCCCCACAUCAAGCCACACUACGGGGAGGUUGUGUCAAACCCCUGUCGUUGUUGGUGUUGUUGCAGUACUUGUUGCCUUUAUUGUUGUUCCUGGUGGUAUCGUAUCGUCGUUCAUGUUGUGGGUGUGAUGUCCUUUCUGACCCUCGAUGUUGUACGCUCUUUCUUGCUGUUUUCUGUUUGUGUCAGUGUUUUUCUCCCAGGAGGUAAUGUUCUUUUCCACAUCCCUUGUUGUCUUUCUAACACAUAUACUCACCCAGUCAGUGGCGGGACACUCUGUGUCUCCUGUUGUUGCUUUAAAGGACGGCCGCUUUUACCCGCCGCAACCCGACUGCAUUAAAAUAGCUUGGAUGUAGAACAAACAAAAAUUUUAAAUUAGAAAAAUUAUGUUUUUAAUUAACUAAGACAUUAAAGAACCAAGUCCAGAAUGACUUUGUUUCAGCGGGGUUGCCGAGGGUCAAGGCGGUUCAUGGCCCGAAUGAGCAGUAAAGUUGCAUGCUGACGGUUCUGGCAUUGCCCACACUAACCCCCUUCUAUUCUGUUCUUUCCUGUUUGUUCUUAUCGCCAAGAAAUGUCAAGAAGAGACGAUAUGACCCUAAUGCCAGUGCCAUCUAAAGACUUUGAGAACUGCAUCCUUGCCUUGUGUGCCCCUUGGUUCCGUCAGAACCUGCUGGACCGUACCUUCUCCUGCCGCUAACUCCGCUGCCGACGGAGUUAGCGGUACACGAAUAAAAUAAGGAAAGCAAGGGAAGACGAACGAUCAGACACUUUUAACCAAACCUAGAACUGCUUCUCCAGAACUGACCUUCUUCCUUUGUCCUUGAGCAUCCACGCUGAGCCAUUAGCAACCCAGAUGAAUGACUGAGCCAAUGGUGACAGCGAAGACGAGGCACGACUUCCUGUUUACACUUCACGGACUCCGGUUCCGAUCUCGGCAUGAGCAGCUUAGCUGUGGACCUCGCAUGGGACACCAAUGCAAGAAUAUUGUUAAAUAAUAAUGGAGGAAAGAAGAACGAUUUAUAAACGGUCGCUUAGGUCCAGUAAGUGGGUGAGCACAUUCUUGUGUUUUCAGAGGGGCUAAAUGGGCUUGAUCAUAUCCAAUGAGAGGGACCCAUAUCUUCUUCAGACAGACACUUCAAAGCAUAAAUAAAAAUUUUGUUUGUUCCUUUUAUUUCAGCAUGUUAUAUUGCCGCCAUUUUUGUAGUAUUAAUGAAACUAUGAAAUCAAGUUAGAAAAAGAAUAAAUUAUACUUUUCGGCCAGCAGCCUUUGAAGCUGCAUGAUGAAAUUACCUUUAAACUCCAGAGUCUUAUAUAUGCCUGAUGACGUCAGUUCCCCUUAAAUAAACCAAUAUUAUAUCGGCUGGGCCCUGUAGGACUGCCCUGACCCCAAUGCCGUUACUGGCAAAUCAGAAAGCUGCAUGAUGCAAUUGCACUGGGGGCGGAGCCCACACAGCCCUGCCGGCGCUUUUUAAGGUAUCUGCAUGUCAAAGAAAAACAGUUAACGUUUAUUUACUAUGCAAAGGGGAAACACUGCACAUACUUACGGUUUGGUAAAGAAUUCUCAGACGAGACUAACAAUGAAAUUGAUCUCAAUCUAAAAGAUUAUUAUGAAGGAAGUCUUUUAUAUGCUCGGCCAUCUAUGUUUGACAUUAUAAUAAGCUUCUGAUUACUUAAACUGAAUGUUUCUAUGAAAAUCUCAGCUUCUAAAAAUGAAAAUGUCAUUUGUCAUCUCUGUGGGACAGUGUAAUCCGGGCACUUGUGAUAUUAAUUGAUAAUAUUAAUAGAAUGGGUUUGUUUAGGUAGAGGGAGCUCUAAAUUUGGGCUGAUAUAAGCGCAGAGAGAGGGAGGGAGAUAGUGUUUUUCUAUACCAUCAUUGACUGACAGUACAGGUUUUGAGCUCAUAAUCUUAACACUGUCUCCUUUUUCAACCAUCUCAUGUUCCCAUGGAAACAUUGCUAAAAAAUGAUAAUAAAGAACUUGAGAAAAACUUU